CGUUCUUCAUAACUUGUGUGUCCUUUAAAUUGUCUGCAUUUGUGUUUUUUUGCAGUAAAGCUGAAAUUUUCAGCAGCAAGUGAACGCAACACGGUAAAGCGAGUCAUUUGUUUUCGCUGAAUGGAGCCGGCCGGAUUGGACGGCGGGGGGUUCCGCCCACAAACACACAAGGUGGGAGUUGGAAAAAGAAAAAAAGAAAAAGAAAAACACGCCGGGCUAAAAUGAAGCUGUCAAAGCAGCGCUUAAAAUGCAGUAAAAGAAGGUUUGGAGCAAAAGGGAGGCGGAAAGGGCGCAGACAGGAGCUGGAGGGAACCACUGUCACUGGAGGGGACAUCUCAGAUAAAUGCGUCAGAUACUCAAAAAAUAUAUAUAUUUGAUCCAAUUAUAUGAGUUUAUUUAAUAGUUUUAUAAAACUAUACGAUCAGAGGAGUAGUGACAUAUUCAAUGAAAUCAACAUUUAUUUGAUAAAAGUGGAGCAAACUUCGGAUGGGGAGAAAAGUGUCCUCGGUUGUGUUCAGAGUCCGCGGCGCAGCCUCGGAAACAUGUCUGUGUCGGCGUAGCGAAAUGGUUGGAUGGAGGGAGGAUGGCUGCUGCGCGUUGAGUGGAGGGAGAGGGAGACAGCGCGUGAGAUGGAGGCGGGGGAAGGACCAUCUCUGCGGGGACUGGAGCCCGGGACCGACGGCGCAGUGCUGGCUGUCGUUCAACCCUCCCCUUCUUCCUCCACAGCGACUCCGAGCCUCGCGACCAGACAGGCAUAUUAACAAAUGAAUGGAGAAAUGGAGGCAACAGCCCAAGAUCAAGUGUGGGCGCAGGAAGACCUCCUAAGACUGCUGGAGGCCAUGAAGGUGGCCCUGCCACAGAAAGACUUGACAAAAUACAAAACGUCAGAGUCCCACCUGGACUGGCAGAAGGUGGCUUUCAACUCCUACACGGCAGAGAUGUGCCGGCUGAAGUGGCUGGAAGUCUCAAAGGAGAUUCGUAAGUUUAGAACUCUGACGGAGCUGAUAGUUGAUGCUCAAGAUUACAUCAAGAAUCCCUAUAAAGGCAAGAAAAUUAAGAAGCAUCCCGAUUUCCCCAAGAAGCCCUUGACUCCAUACUUUCGGUUCUUCAUGGAGAAGAGGGCCAAAUAUGCAAAGCUGCAUCCCGAAAUGAGCAAUUUGGAUCUGACAAAGAUCCUUUCCAAGAAAUACAGGGAAUUACCAGACAAAAAGAAGAAAAAAUAUGUUGAAGAUUUCCUUCGAGACAAAGAGGCGUUUGUGCAGAGCAUGAUGAAAUUCAGGGAAGAGCAUCCGGAUCUUGUGGAGACGAUUACCAAGAAAGGUUCAAAUGUCCCAGAAAAACCCAAGACGCCGCAGCAGCUUUGGUACAACCAUGAAAAGAAGGCCUUCCUAAAGACACGCCCUGAUGCGACCACCAAAGAUAUUAAGGACAGUCUUGGCAAACAGUGGACACAGCUGCCUGAUAAAAAGCGACUAAAGUGGAUCUCUAAGUCUCUGGAGCAGCAGAAAGUGUAUGAGGAAACGAUGCGGGGGUACAUCCAGCAGCACCCGGAGCUGAACAUGACUCAGGAAGAUUACGUCAAGUCCAUCCUGACUAAGGCCGAGCGCCACCUGAAGGACAAAUCCGACGGCCGACCCGACAAGCCUCCUCCAAACGGCUACUCCAUGUUCUGCGCGGAGCUCAUGUCCAGCAUGAAGGACGUCCCCAGCACAGAGCGCAUGAUGAUGUGCAGCCAGAGGUGGAAGCUGCUGAAGCAAAACGAGAAGGACGCCUACCAGAAACGCUGUGAACAGAGGAAGAAGGAGUAUGAGAUUGAAAUGAACAGAUUUCUCAGUUCUUUAUCAGAGGAGGAGCAGCGGCGAGUGCUGGGGGAGGAGAAAGUGGGCUUUAAGAGAGGAGGUCGAGCCAACAGUCCUGCCACGAAAAAACAAGCCUCCAAAGCAAAGGCCAAUCCGGAGAAACCCAAAAGGCCCAUUUCUGCCAUGUUCAUAUUUGCUGAGGAGAAGCGUCAGAAGCUGCAGCAGGAGAGGCCUGACCUCUCAGACAGCGAGGUCACCAGAUACCUGGCGCGGAUGUGGAACGACCUGCCAGAUAAGAAGAAGGAGAAGUAUAAACGCCUGGAAUUAGUCUUGAAAGCGGAAUCGGAGAAGAAGGAGAAGGAGGAUCGAAGUCGUCUUCCAGAUCCACCCAAGACUGCUCAGGACAUUUGGCAGCAGAGUGUAAUCGGAGACUACCUUGCCAGAUUUAAGAAUGACCGUCCCAAGGCACAAAAAGCCAUGGAGGGAGCCUGGAGCACCAUGGAGAAGAAGGAGAAGAUCAUGUGGAUCAAAAAGGCAGCAGAGGACCAGAAGAGAUACGAGAGAGACCUGUGCGAGAUGCGCUCUCCUGCCGCCGCCGCCAUCGCCUCAGGGAAGAAAAUGAAGUUUGAGGGUGAACCCAAGAAGCCGCCCUCAAAUGGAUAUCAGAAGUUUUCUCAGGAGAUGCUCUCCAACGGGGAGCUCAACCACCUUCCGAUGAAAGAGCGGAUGGCCGAGAUCGGCAGCCGGUGGCAGAGGUUACCCCUGAAGGACAAGGAUCGCUACAAGAAGAUUGCCGAGGAGAAGCAGAGGCAGUACAAAGUCCUGCUGGAGCAGUGGCUCGCUAGUCUGUCUACUCAAGAAAGAAACGUCUACAAAGAAUAUAUAUCACAAAAACGGAGAAACCCUUCUAAACCCGGCGGCCCCUUAGUGAAGUUUAAGAAAUCUGACACUGAAGAGGAGGAAGAUGAUGAUGAUGACGACGAUGACGACGAGCAGGAGAAAGCUUCGUCUGAGGGAGACUCGUCCAGCGAUGAUGAAGAUGAUGACGAUGACAAGGAGGGAGACGACGACGACGAUGAUGAUGACGAUGAUGACGACGACGAUGAUGACGAUGACGAGGCAGAAGACAAGGAGAACAAGUCGGAGGACAGCAGCAGCGAGUCAAACUCUGCCGGCUCGUCGGACUCGGAUUCAGACUAAAACGGAGCCGGCGUCGCCGCGGAAGGAACUGAGCAGCGCUGAGCUGAGCCAAGAGUCCAGGGAGCUCUGCCACUGUGCCAACCCUGCUCUCCUCUCACCACUAGAGGGAGCCACUGUACCGCUUUCUCCAUCCCGCAUCCAUUUUAUGUUGGUCAGAAUCAGAACCCACGGAAGGACCCUCCCUCCGAACUCACUCUUUCCCCUCAGGUGUCUGACAGCACUGGUCGACUCGCUGCCGAUUAGCCAAAAAAAAAACAGCAUUCCACUGCUUUGGUGAGGUCAUGGACGUUCCUGUUCCUGAUCUUCACGGUUCUUUUGAGGACUGUGGGUAAUUCCCAACCCUCCCACGUUUCUUUGAGUUCUCCGGUUUAAAGACGGGCAGCAUGUCUCGGUUAACACGGAACAGUGGAUCGCAUUUAGGAGACGGGAAGGGGGGAGGCGCUGAAAAAUUGCACUCUUCAGAAUGUUUCUUUUAAUAGUUUUUCUCGUUGUUUGGGUCUCUGUUCUUAAGUUGUGUUAGCUUUUAUAGUUUGGUUCUGACAGAGGUGGUAUUUCUUUCAGGAAAAAAAAAAGUCAAGCCAUGAUGAAUGUCCUUGCUGGAAAACUUCAGAUCCUUUCACUAAACACGGAGUCUUUAAACCCGCCACAGACGAUAGGUGCUUUCAGACCAGGAGUUUUAGCUUCUGAGGAAUAUUUUUUAACAUUUUUUUUCCCUCUUUGCUUACGUCUUUUCAACAUUAGAAUCAAACUGUUAAUCCCACAUCACCAAAACUGGCUGUUACACAAAUCAAGACGUUAAUGUAAACAAUACACCCUUACUGUUGUGUUUCAGAUUUAAUGAAACAUCGAGGAGUGCUGCUGCUAGAAGUGAAGCCCAAUGCAACUUUAUUUAUUUGUUUUUAUCUUCCUAUUCGUUUUUCUGUUGGGGUUCCUUUCAGGAGAGAGCAGAGCUGUCCUUCAGCCACAGCUUUUUAAACUGUUACGUCUGAUCGCACCUAUCAAGUCCAGGUGGAUGUAAAUAUUAGCUGUAAUAAACCAGAUUUAAAUUGUUUUCAGCCUCUAAGUCUGGCAUAAAAAAUGUUUGAAGCCCUUACUGUAAUCACCUCCGGUUGAGGAUUUUGUGUCACUUUUACAGAUGUUGAAGGUUAUUUGCAAAUUUUUUUCUUCCCUAAACACAAAAGUCUUUGAUUUUCUUGUGUCUUCAACUAAAUCAUCCGUAGAAACUGGCGUAUUAGCAGCUCUUUACAUCCACUCUGUUGCAUAAGUCGUAAACUCCUCCGAUGAGUCAACGGUAAUUCUUCAGCUGAAGUUAUCUCUUUAAAAGUAUUUAAAUCUGAUGCUAUUUCUCAAACUGUCCAUUUUUAUUUUAAAGACUUUGGCUUUAUGAGUUUCUGUCUCCAGCUUAUCCAAAAAAAAAAAAAAAAAGUGUGCACUUAUUGUAAAUCUGUCCUGAGUUUGUGCACGCUUGCACAGAUCUCUGUUAGGAUGUGUGUUUCUUUGCUUUAAUGUGUGCUGUUAUGUUGGACCCCGUGACGGGACUGCAGCGUGCACGUAUGUUUGUGCCCGAGCGGGACAUCACACCAACACCAUGAAUGUAGAUAUUCCUCAACUAUUUUUUUUUGACAUUUUCUCGUCCAAAGGUCUUUACUGUCGAGUCACCAAUUACUCGAGUCAUUUGUUCGUCAUGGAUGAUUGUGACCACAACGAAUCUCAUCACUGACAAACAAAACCAGCGCGGACUAUUGAACAACCUGGAAGAGGGAAAGGGAAAAGAACACGUGGAGCUCUGUGAAAGGGAUUCGCAGAACUGAUUUUGCCAGUGGACUUGGAGUACAAAAAUAUGUAAUUUUUUCCUGUAAAUACAGUUUUUGUAUCGAGUGCUUAUUAUUUUGUUAGUACUUUGAUUUUUGGAAACCCUCAUCUGUGAUAUUGGAAGCCGGUGAGUCUUUCACUCAUCGGGAAGAAUCUUUGGUUAAAUCCACCCGUUUAUUUUUUGUUCCUCUGCCAGCUGUUGGUUUCUAGAGUUCUCUAUAACAGCAAAGCUUUACAAGUUUGUACUGCUGACCAUUUGACAGAAUUUGAUGUUUUAUAUAGCUGAGGGUGUUCUUAUGUCCUUGUAGUUCAAGUAUUUGAGCAAAUAAACAACAAAAGCUUGAAAA